GGGAAGUUAAGUUAAUGAACGAGUUAUCAAACAAAAUCCUUGGACUAUAAACAAAUGCUAAAUUUCAGGAAUAUCGGGUGUUACGGAUAAUGGAUAACGAUGGGUCCCAAGAGGGGAGCCAAAUUCAGACUUACAUUUUAAUUUUUUUUUUUUUUUGACGUUAAAUAGGCGAAGGAAGUUUUUGUUCCAAUAUAGGCUCUUACAUAACCAAUACAACUGGUCUGAAUUCAGCUGUUUAUUGGCAGAUGCACAUGGUGUUUUAUAACACUAUUUACUGCAGUUUUCAGGAAGCCGCGUCCAAAUCUGAUGGCUUGGCUGUUGUCGCAGUGUUUCUACAGGUAUUUUAUUUCCAUCUCUUUAAUUCCUACAAAUUCCGCCUGAACCGCGUUAAACACAGAUUUAUUAAAAGACCGCUCUUUUGUCCUUCUAAGGUGGCCAGGCUUGUUCCAGACCUAGUUUUCAAAAACGCACCAUAUUAUACAUACAAAGGUUCUCUUACCACCCCUCCCUGUUACGAAUCCGUCCAGUGGAUUGUGAUGAUAAACCCGAUAUCGGUCACCGAGUCCCAGGUAAGGUCGCUCGUUCAAGGGUUAAAAAUGAAUGAAUGAAUGAAUGAAUGAAUGAAUGAAUGAAUGAAUGAACGAAUGAAUGAACAGUCCGAUAAAAUUCCAUGGUAGUUCAUCGUCUGGCGGACUCUCUGUAACUACAAUGUAUCUCACAUCCUAUUGAAUAAGCUGAAAACUGCGAAAGCUUUACUUCACUGAGAUCUUUUUCUCGGUGGUUGGAAGGUUAUUCUCCUUGAGUGUGCAAUCAGUUAUAAUACCAGGCACCUGGUUAAGCAACUGAAAAGUUGCUCUAAAGCUAACAAGAUAUUUCUCUCACGGCCAAUUCGCAAAGGAGAGCAGCUACAGUACAAUUAACUAUAAAGUACGUUAAAAACGUUUUCAUUAAAAUAUAGAAUGUGUAUGUUAUUUCGUCGUUCGCCUUUUAUGAACUAUUAUUUCGUUCGCCUUUUAUUAAUGAAUAGCACUAAAAGAGUAAGCCCUCUCGAAGAAGUGGGGAUGGGGACGAGGUGAGAUAAACAGGAGCUAGCCAGAGUUAGAACCAGUAAUAAUACUAAUCGUUUAUUUUUAAAAGACUGCCGGAAAUGUCCGCCAAAUGAUUUGUUGUCGCUUUCCAGUUCAUAGGUCCUCGCGUAAUGCUCCCCAGGGGAAUAGGUUUCAUACUAUUCUGGAUUAGCACACGGUCGACAGGAAUGCGUACAAGAGAGUACAAAAACCUAACAAAAGAAAUAAUUAAAGCGAAAAAGCUGUGAAAACACUCGCCUAACGACCCUAACGGCUCGUGUCCCCACAGCAUUUCUCGUUCUCCCAAACUUUCACUUGCGUUUUUAUAACUCGAAAGAAACACUGAAAACAUGUUUUCUAUUUCUUAAAUAUCAUUACGGGGAAGACGCAGUUCGGGAAAAAACAUGACGAGUAUCCAAUGCACAUCAGUUGGGGGUUGUAUUCUUAGACUCCGCCACAGGAACCUCAGGGCGGGUUAAUAAAACAUGGCUGCAAUGGCAGUGGUAACGUAUUCUUCUCAACAACACACUCACUAGGCUAUUCAGGGGGUCGGGCCCGACUGUAAAGUUUUUCAGUCAAGGAUACUCCAUAAAGCUUCGCAGCAUCAUCCGUGACAAUGCGGAUUUUGUCCGGCAUGUUGAGAUUUCGGACUGUCCCAGUCUCGGGCCGAGGUUGGGGCAGAUGCCACCCGAGGAGGAAGUUUCCAAACGUUCUUCGUUACGCGUUGAUUUCGCUUUCCAUAGACUUCAGCCGUUUUCCAGCCAUAGAGCGGUUUUCAAGAAACUGUACCCCUUGUUCUGCUCAUGGCAUUUCGAUUUCAUGUGUGCGACACACAUGGUUCGCGGUUCUCUCAAUAUUGUAUUCAAGAGAACGGAUUUUUUCCCCUACCAGUCUCGACAAUGAUUUUCUAGCAUUUAGGACACAGCGCACAUGUAUAUCAUCUGGACGCUCAGGUUUCUUGACUGACUUGACGGAACUAGCGGGGAUCAUGCCAAGGAUUGCGAAAAUCACAACAGGUUGCCCUGCACAAACGCUUUGCAUAUCAUGCUGUAAUAUUGUCUAAAAUGCUUUUGCCACGAGCAGAAUUGUCAAGUCUUCGGAAUCGACUUAAGGGAAAUUCAGAUCGAUCAGGUGCAGAACAUCUUGCAUCAUGGUAUGCGUAACCCUUUGAGGGAGCAGGUUCAACUCUGGCACUGUCCAAGCUUCCUCUAAGGCUAUCUGGACACCUGUAUUUACUCUUUCAACCCACCGGCGUGGAACGACACUUUUCUCGAACGUCCUUUUUCACCAGACAAGUACGGGUGCUGCAGCAUUCAAAAAACGAAACGUGCCCUGUUCAGAGAUGGUUGUUUUUUUUUUUAUGCAUGCAAUCAGAGAUUGGUGGUCUACUGAAUUGAAGCAAGAAAAGCACAACUUUUUUUCCUUGCUCAACUGUACUCACUUAUUUAUUUCUAUCGCUUUGAAAUUUGUCGCACUUGUCAAUUGGGUGUUUUCUGAUGCUACCAGACAGGUCUUAGCUAUGGGUGAGGCCUGAUUCCUUUUCGUAGCACCCGUAGUUAGGGUUAAGAAUCUAUGAGGUCGUUCUUGAUCUCUACUUCGUGUGGGGGGUCGUCCAUCACCAGUUCUCCUACCCUGUGACGGCUUACUGAAAUUUGGUUAAGGGUGCACUGACUAAAUUGUUGCCAUUUGUCAAGAUCAACUAGUGUUGAGAUGGUGGGAUGUAUCUCACACUCCAUUUAAUGGAUCCGGCAAUUUCUGUACAAAAAUGAAUUUUAAGUUGAAGACAUCAAAUUCUGUGAGUAUUCCAUCUAAACUGUUCAUCGUGGUGACUUCUGAUAACAAGUUUUUUGGGAGCUUAAGUUGUUAUCCUGCUAACUGUUGGCUUUUUUAUGGUCAUGAAUAUCUGCAAAUUCUCCCCUCACAGACUGCAUUGUGCAGC